UCUAUGCAGGCAUGAAGCGCACAACAGUUGAAUAAAAUUAAAGAUAUCUUGUUUAAUUUUUAAAUAGUAGGCCACAUUUGGAUUAUAGAACUAGGAGGCACUAGAAACUACCUAGAUUUAGAUAAUCUAGUUCCAAGGCAGUCUAUACAUAUAAUUAUAAGCCGUAGGCCUAUACUAUAAGACAAAAUUCUAGGCGAAAAUGAGGUUAAGGUCAAAGGUUAAAAGUCUAAGUUCAGUUUGUGAUAAUAAAUGUAACAUGCCAACAGUACUAUCUAGAUCUAACAGAAACAGUAGUUCGAAGAAACUGGACUGAUAGAAUGUUGUAAUAUUAGGCUAUGGUUAGAUCUCGAAUCUAGAUAGUACUAGAUACAAUUACAAAUUAUUAAAUACGCGAGCCUACAGUCUAAUAUAAGUAUCACACUCACUUAAUGUGCAAGUAAGAGGACUAUUAUUCGCAGAUUUGUGUUUUCAUGAACUAAGAAGACGUUAGUAGUAAGUAACUACACUACUAAAUGCUGCUGAUUCAGUUAUUACUUUAUUAGAUUCCAGGUCAAGACUCAAAGAAAUAUCUGGCUAGCUGAGGGAAAAUGAUGUGCCUAUGCAGUUGCCUAUUUAGUGGCAUAGCUUUCGUGGUGAUUUCCUAUUAUUUCCUGGACUGGGUGUUGAGGUUGUUUAAAGUGGGUCAGUUCUCAGAGAAAUAUGUUUUCAUCACUGGCUGUGACAGUGGCUUUGGGAAGGAUUUAGCCAUACGAUUGGAUAAGCUUGGGUUCCAUGUAUUUGCUGGAUGUCUGACUGAUGAUGGAUGCCAGUUCUUAUCCAGCUCGUGUUCCAACAACCUGUUUGCACUUAAAGUGGAUGUAACUAAAAGUGACAGUAUUGAAUCUGCUUACAAUACAGUCAAAUUUAAACUUCCCAGUAAUAAUGCUCUGUGGGCAGUGGUCAACAAUGCUGGUAUAGCAGGACCAACAGCAGUGGUGGAGAUGUUCACAAGGAAGGAAGUCAUCAACACUUGUGAAGUCAACCUCUUUGGGCCCAUAGAAGUUGCCCAGACCUUCCUUCCACUGCUGCGUCAAUCUAAAGGACGUUUGGUCAACAUGGUCAGUGUUAUGGGCAGAUGUCCAGCUGUGAGUGCGCCUUAUAGUGUCUCCAAGUUUGGGAUGGAGGCGUUCACUGAUGUUAUUAGACGAGAGGUGUCGGAUUUUGGGGUUGAUGUGAUAGCUAUAGAGCCAGGGUUUUUUAGAACCACAAUACUGGACGAGAGCAGGUUCUUUGCUUCCAUUAAAGACAGCCAUGAGAAAGCUCCAGAGGAAGUGAGACAGGCCUACGGGGCUACCUAUGUUGAAGAUUGUUGUAAAAUUAUUAAAGGCGUGGUUGCAAACUCUUCUCCUGAUACGUACAAAGUUGUUGAUGCGUAUAUACAUGCCAUAACCUCAAAGUACCCUAGAUGUAGGUAUUUAGUUGGUUUUGAUGCAAAGUUUAUAUUUGUUCCUUUGUACCUUUUGCCUGAGAAAAUUAUGGACUGGAUAAUGAAAUUUCAAGAAAAAAGACUAUUGUCAAACGGAGAAAGGCUGGCGUAAAUAUUUUAAUUUUCUCAAAUGUGAUAUUUUUAUUUUGAGAAUUUUACUACCAUAUCAUAAUCAGAGUAUAUUCAGUUAGCAGUAUAAUUUUUUUGUUGUUUAAUGGCAAUUAAUUACAAUAAUAUUUUUUGUCUAUAAUUGAUUGCACAGCCGUUUUUAUUUAUGGCUGUUGGUUAAAUAUUUAUAAUCAGGAUUAAGCACUAAAAUUAAUUUAUUAAUGUACCAUUAAUAAUAUAAACAACAGCUGACUUAUUUUAUAAUAUUAAAAUUUUAGUAGUCUUUCAGUCCAUACCAAUUAUAGGGGAGCUGAAUUAUAUAGAAGAGUUCAUCUAUUUCACUGUCCUUUGUUUAAUCACAAUAUUAUGUAGUCAAAAUAAUUCCCAACUACAUGUAUUUAUACUUAAAUUGAGCAAGGUACCCAUUAGAGCUGGGACGACUCAGUAUUUGGGUCUGCUGUUGAACUGAGAUAAAGGAAGUAUCAUGGGCACAUCAACCUCAGCUUGAUUAAUUAAGCACACACAUAUUGUUGUCUACUACAAAAAACCAUUUAAACUGUGUGUCCCGUGUAAAUUAGAUCCCAAAUUGUUUUCUUAGAAUUUGUGUAAACAGAUUCAACACUAGGUUAUAUGGGUAGGAAUAAGGCAGACCUUAAUAUAUAUAUUUUUAAACCAAGAUGUGCCAAUAAAAAAUUUGGAUGUUAUGUUAAAGAGAGCAUCCAUUUAAAUUUAUGAUUUUAUUCACCCAAAUAUCACAAAUAUUUUAUUUAUUAUACAAACAUCUAGACUGAGUCUAUUUCUGAUAAAAUCUGUGAUUUAUUGUUUGUUUUGUAUUGCAUGAUCAGAAUAAAUCUUAUAAUUAUAAUGUUUAUAUACAUUUAUAAUAUAUAUAUAGGCCUACCUAUGUAACAUAUAUAUUUUAAUUUAA